AUGACUACCGCACAGUCAUCGUCCGAAUCGAUUCCGAAAAAACGUCAGCGCCGUGUAAAACAAGAUCCAGAAUUUAUUUUUGAAAAUGCAACCACGCAUGAGAUUGAAAUAAAUGUCAAACCUAAGCCAACUAAGCAAAAUUUUAACGCAACUCCAACAAAAUCUAUUGAUUCAAUUGAUGAUAGUUCAAUCGGUGCUGAUCUAUACGAACCAGGAGAUAUUGUUUGGUCAAAAUUAGGUAGUUUUCCAUGGUGGCCAGCUCUUAUCUAUCGAUGCGAUGCAGAAAAUGGAAUAUUUACAAGAACAUUCAACUCGUACAAUAAGACUAAACGACAAUUUUUCGUUUAUUUCUAUGGAAAAUAUCUUGAAUAUUCAUGGUUAUCAACUCGUUCAUUAUUAAAAUAUGCUGGAUUGAAUACUUUUAUUCAAAAUGCUGAAACAGCAGUUCAACAAGCUUCGACAAAAUCCGAAAAAUUGGAAUUAGCUAACCGAUAUCAAUUAAAAGUUUCUAUGAAAAAACGUGCACAAUGGGAUGAAGCUAUUGAAUUAGCAGAUCGUGCAUUAACUAUGACAAAAGAUGAACGAAUCAAACAAUUCAGCGUUCUAUUAAACGAAUCACAAAUUCAAAAAAAACAAUUGAAUACCAAUUCACGUCGUGGAAAAGCUUUUAUGGAUAAAAGUCUGGAUACAGAAACAAUAUCAAAUAAACGUCGUAAACGUUCAUCUGCAUCACCUUCUUUUCACCUACCUGAUGAAAUAGAAAAACCGUCACAAAUAUCAAACCAAUCGGAUCAUGACAAAAAGGAAGACGAACCACCGGUCAAAAAGAAACGAGGUCGAAAGCCAAAAUCCUCAUUGAAAACGAAUGAAAAAGACAAUCAUACAUCAACUCUAACGCCAUCUGAUAAUAAAAAUGCUAAUUAUUCAAUCAGAUCCCGAUCCAAUAAAUCAAUGUCUCCGCCAAAUAAAAAAACAAUUCCAUCAUUGAUCAUACAAAGAAAAAAGCUAGGCGAUAAUACCGAAAUGGAAUAUGAAUAUUUACCGUCAUCUAAACACGAACAAACAGCGUCUCCAUUUAUUCAUGCAAAUAUUCCACUCUUAUCAAACUAUGAACAGAAACAAAUUGUUGAAGGCCUUCUGAAUUAUGCGAAUGAAAAAAGUCUAACAUUAGAGGAAGCACGAAUAUUCGCUGUUAAUAAAGCGACUGAAAUCGUCUAUGAAAAUUACAAUUAUCGUAUGGAUAAUAUAUCAGCGGAAUGGUUCUAUGAUUCUAUUCUAUUAAAAUAUCCUUCGGUUGUAUUUAAAUAUCGUUCAUGGUUUGAACAAGUUAAAUCGGAUGUUAUACCCGAUGGAACCGAUGCGAUUGAAUUGAAAAAAUGGCAAAUAGCGCUUAUGAUUGAAGCACAAACUAAAGCUGAACAGAAUCAACUAGCAUCUAAUGAAAUGAAUUCCAUCUAA